CGACGCCGCCAUGCGAUGCGAUGCUAUCUUACAUGCAUAAACCUCUGUGGAGCUAAAUAAAUAGCUUCGGUCAUUGAAACAGCGAUCAGGAUACUCUUCAUAUGUCGGAUGAGGCGGCUGUCAGAUCCGCCGGGUCGCCUGCCCGACGCCGUCCGCUCGCAUGUUUGCGAUGCCGGCGGCGCAAAGUACGUUGUGACGGGGCUUCCCCAGCCUGCUCCAACUGUACCCGAGCGGGGGCGGAAUGUUUCGAAGGACGAUCGGAAUCUGCAAUAUCGCGAAGUCGACUCCAUUAUCUAGAAAAUAGAGUGCGAGAAUUAGAGAGUGGCCAGAGUUCAUCAAAUACGCACUCCGGAGAGCGGAGCUUGAAUUCCGUCGAUACGACGAGGUCCCAGUCGGCGGCUUCGAUUGAAACUCAUGGCGCCGAACCUCGAUCCCAACCGCCCCAGCCGAAUUGUGUAGCCCCUGAUAUGCAUCAGCAUGUGGAGCAACAGAGAUCGGCGCUAUCUCAACCUUCGGACUUCCCCCUGCCGGCCGCUCGGCGCUUCAGUAGAGACCGAAUGCAGCCCUCAUUGGGCAACGGAGGUCCUGGCACCAGCGUUUUAAUCAACGAGGCAGCCGUGCCAUCUCCAUCGGGAUCAAGCUCUAGCCAUAUAACGCGUGACCAGCCCAUUGUGCAUGAAGUGGGUCUUCUAUCUCUGGGCAAUGCGCUUGAUCCCAAAUACUUGGGACCAUCUUCCGGUGUCACCUUUGCCCGCUUGAUUUACGAAAGCGUCCCUCAGUCCCAAGGAUUACCCUUAUCAUUUGCACGGCCUCUGUAUCAUGACCAGUCCAAUGGUGAGGCAGCCGAGAAGCAUGGUUCCAACGAAUUUCCGCAUGUUGAACUCCCAUCGAUAGCCGAGUAUCAACAAUACGCAGAGGUCUACUUCAGCAUGUCCACAUUCUAUCCUUUCAUUUCACAAGAGGAGUUUCAUCUUCUAUUUCAACAAGUCUUUCAGUUCAGCAAAACCUCGGUCUGGAAUUGCCGCCUUCCGUUAACUAUUGCACUUGCACAGGUCUACUUGGUCCUAUCUCUUGGUGCCAGGUUCCUGGAAUACAAGCUGGGGAACAAUUUCCCGUCUCAGGAUUUGUUCGGCCAAGGCAUGAACUUUGCCUCCAAAAUGAACUUACACGAAAGUGUCGAAGGUGUUCAAAUACUUCUCUUACUGGCACAACAUAGUUUAUUUUGCCCAGAAGGGUUGAAUGCGUGGUACCUAGUGCAUACCAUUAUUGCGAGCUGCUUGGACCUAGGUCUACAACGGCAAGAUAACUAUGACUGGCGGAAUGACACGCCAAGCCAACGUAAGAUUCGAGAUCUUCGCAGCGCAAUCUUCUGGUCUGCGUAUUCUAUGGAUCGAACUCUCACCGUGAUCCUCGGUCGUCCUCUUACACUCAGAGAUGAGGCUAUUGACCGCGGAUUCCCGGGAUUUGAUGGCAACUUGGAGGUAGAAUCAGGAGCGACAGAAUGGAAAUCAUCCAAUUCGGCCAGCCAAGGCUCAGUCUCAGUCUCAGCGCCAGAACCUUAUACCGCAUUCAUCUAUUCUCUUCGGUUCGAUCGCAUCAUUGCAGAAGUAAAAUUGAUGCUCUAUCGAGUUUCGCGAUCACCGAAGCGGUUUCCCUGGCCGCAAGACUUGAGCCUAUGGCGACAGGAAGCCCAGGAUUCCUGCGUUGCGCUCUUGAGAGAAGCCCAGAGCCAUCAACAAAACCAUAUCAUUGGCUCUGCUGGUGCUCUCUCGGUGGUUGCGCUUCAACGACUUGAACUGAAAUACCACCAGUGUAUUAUGCUUCUCAAUCGUCCAAGUCCCCAAAUUCCUCAUCCAAGCUUUGAGGCCACUCAGGCAAGCUUCGCAAGUGCCAUGGGCAUUAUCGCCACCUAUGCCGACCUCCAAAGAUUUUCGAACAUGGAUUUUUCUUGGCUUACGGCUCAUUCCAUUUUCGUUGCUUCAAUCACGGUGAUCUACUACUUAUGGUUCUGCCCACUUGUUCGAGGAAAUGACCCAUUAGAUGCUUGUCUACAUCGCGUUGAACAGGCUCACCAACUACUCACGAUACUGGGCAGGUCCUGGUCAGUGGCACUGAAAGCAAGUGGCAAGUUGGAGAAACUGAUCAAAUCCACGAAAGAUCACUACGAAGGAAUGGCGGGGGCACGGGCUCCUCCUUUUGGAGACUGGGCGGAUGGAAACCCCGGAAUCGCCCCGAGGACAGAUGCAGAAUUGGAUCGAUCAGCCACCAGUAUGCCCUUGCCUGACGUGGGAAACGUCCUGAUCGAUGAGCUUGGAAUCCUGCGGGAUCUAUUCGAUCUGGGCUGGUUGGAAGAUUUCUCAGACAAUCAACACCAGCCGUCGUUUGGGGGUCUUAUGGAUCUGAGAUGAAUACACCACCUGCGUAAAAGUCUGUGUGCAUUAGCCCCACUACCCAUUACCCCAACAACCACCUACAAUCUUGUUUUUCUUCCUACACCACGACCCAUGGCUCCGAUCGCUAUACAAAUUGGUGCAAAUCGUAGCCAAGGGGCUGAGCUUUCGGCUGAGCAGCGUACUGCAAUUAUAUACGCUCUGGAAAAUAGACUUUCUAGCCAGGCUAAGUUAGCUAAAGAAUUUAGUUACCAUCAUAAUAUAAUAGCUAACACCUUUAAGCGCUG